GGAAGUUAACGUUACGGCCCUCUCAUCUCAUUCCAUCUUUCCAUCAGAGAAUCGUAAAAUGACCAAAGUUCUACAACGAGUUACAAAAGACGACUCUUUCUUUUACUCACCAACAUUUUGAACAACACUUUCAUGGCAAUGCCACGCCUGGUUCCCAAAUAAAUUGAUGACGUAUCGCGCGCAGCGAUAGUCGAAUGGAUUCGGUUAAGUCAGUUCCAGUGUUGCCAGUUUAGCUGCUAUAUUUUCAGAGCUCUCCAGCGACUUUUAUUUGUAAAGGAUUCUAGAUACAAGUUCAGCUACUUUUCAGGCAACCUUUGGGGAGUUUUGACACUGAGGGUUUUGAUGGCAUUUAGCGACUUUUCCUUAUCAAUUCUGCCGCAAACGAGAGUUGCAGAAGCUGUAUAUGUAACAUAAGUCGCAGCAUUGCGCACACACAGGAUGGGAGGUAGAAGAGGAGGAUGYGAAAACGCUACGUUGGGGACCACAGUCGUGCUGCAGCAAGGCAAAUUGGCGACGUCGUCGCGGCAACGGCGAAAUUCAGCAGAUCACACUGAAACAUAGUUGGCAACACUGUGCCAUGAAAUCGAAGUGAUAUGGAGAAGAGCAAGCCGGGGAUGAAGAGGAGUCUCCGGUAGAGCAGCUCUGGGUUCUGAACAUCAAUGAGAGUUGAAGCUGGAGAUGAGUGAAUACCUGGCCUUUGUUUAUUUGUUUUUAGUAACAAUUGGAGCCCAGGGCAGGUUGAGCAAUGCCUGGUUGAGUGGAAUACAGUAGGUUAUAAGGAUUGAGAGGACACUCRAGUGUACAUUGGCGUGGUGCAGAGGCACUCACUUGCCCAGACCAUGUGGUUGGCAGAGUUCAGGCACCAUCGGUUGCCUGCACACCUAUCAAAUCGGCGAGGAACYGCAACCAUCGCCGCCCGCCGUGUUCUUUUCAUGUGGAUGUUAUGUUCCUACUGGCAAUUCACAGUGGCGACCAGCCAGAACUUCAACCCAACUGUUAACACCCAGUUUGGGAAGCUGAGGGGCCUCCGGGUCRCRGUGCCAGGYGAGGUCCUUAARCCCAUUGACCAGUACCUUGGGGUGCCGUACGCUGCCCCUCCCAUYGGGGAGAAGCGCUUCAUGCCCCCAGAGCAGCCCUCCUCCUGGUCAGGGAUCAAGAAUGCUACCCACUUCACACCAGUGUGCCCUCAGAACAUCCGCAACACAGUGCCUGAGAUCAUGAUGCCCAUAUGGUUCACCUAUAACCUGGACACAGUGGCCAAUUACAUUCAGGAUCAGAACGAGGACUGUUUGUAUUUAAACAUCUAUGUUCCAACAGAGGAUGUCAAAAGAAUAUCCAAGGAAUGUGCCAGAAAACCCAACAAGAAAGUAUGUAGAGAAGAAGGGACCCAAAUCAAGAGUCAAGGAGCGGAUUUCUCUCACAGUGACAGUGAAGACAUUCGGGACACUGAGGCUAGGCCCGUGAUGGUCUACAUCCAUGGAGGAUCAUACAUGGAGGGGACAGGGAACAUGAUUGAUGGGAGUGUGCUGGCCAGCUAUGGGAAUGUCAUCGUCAUCACUCUCAACUACAGGGUCGGAGUACUAGGGUUCCUCAGUACAGGUGACCAGGCAGCUAAAGGGAACUAUGGACUCCUGGACCAGAUCCAAGCCCUGCGUUGGAUCAGCAAGAACAUCGGCUAUUUUGGAGGAGACUCUGGUCGCAUCACUGUCUUUGGAUCUGGAAUUGGAGCCUCCUGCGUCAGCCUGCUCACACUGUCCCACCAUUCUGAGGGCCUGUUUCACAGAGCCAUCAUCCAAAGUGGCUCAGCCCUGUCCAGCUGGGCCGUCAACUACCAGCCUGUCAAGUACACCCGCAUGCUUGCUGAGAGGGUGGGCUGCAACGUGCUGGACACCCUGGACAUGGUGUCCUGCCUGCAGAAGAAGAGUGCCAGAGAGCUGGUGGAGCAGGACAUCCAGCCAGCCCGCUACCACGUAGCCUUCGGCCCCGUCAUCGAUGGUGACGUCAUCCCCGACGACCCCGAGAUCCUGAUGGAGCAGGGCGAGUUCCUCAACUAUGACAUCAUGCUGGGCGUCAACCAGGGGGARGGGCUGCGYUUYGUGGAGAMUGUKGUGGACSUGGAGGAYGGCGURUCYGGCAGCGACUUUGAYUUUGCYGUGUCGGACUUYGUGGACAGCCUGUAUGGCUACCCGGAGGGGAAGGACACUCUGAGGGAGACCAUCAAGUUCAUGUACACGGACUGGGCUGACAGGGACAACCCRGASACCAGGAGGAAGACRUUAGUYGCYCUGUUCACUGACCACCAGUGGGUGGAGCCCUCGGUGGUGACGGCUGACCUGCACGCCCGCUACGGCUCGCCCACAUACUUCUAYGCMUUCUACCACCACUGCCAGAGCCUGAUGAAGCCUGUGUGGUCGGACUCGGCCCACGGGGACGAGGUGCCCUAUGUGUUUGGCAUCCCCAUGGUGGGAGCCACUGACCUGUUCCCCUGCAACUUCUCCAGGAACGACAUCAUGCUCAGCGCUGUGGUGAUGACUUACUGGACCAACUUCGCCAAGAGUGGUGACCCCAACAAGCCAGUGCCCCAGGACACUAAGUUCAUCCAUACCAAGGCCAACCGCUUUGAGGAGGUGGCCUGGUCCAAGUACAACCCCCAUGACCAGCUGUACCUGCACAUCGGCCUGAAGCCUCGCAUCCGCGACCACUACCGCGCCACCAAGGUAGCCUUCUGGAAGCACCUGGUGCCCCACCUGUAUAACCUCCAUGACAUGUUCCAUUACACCUCCACCACCACCAAGGUCCCUCCCCAGGACACCACCAACUCCAACGGCAAGAGAACCGGCACCACCAAGCGUCCACCUGUCUCCACGGCCCACAGCAGUGAUGGGGAGGAGACGGGUCCUCUGAUCGUGGCUAACCCCAGAGAUUACUCCACUGAGCUGAGUGUCACCAUCGCUGUGGGUGCCUCGCURCUGUUCCUCAAUGUGCUGGCCUUCGCCGCGCUCUACUACCGUAAGGACAAGCGCAGCCGGCAGGAUGGCCACGGUGGCCCCCACCAGGCCAGCCCCCAGCGGCAGAGCAAUGGCAACGACGUGAGCCACACCACCACCGACGAGAGCCUGUCCCAUCAGAUGACCCAGUGCAGCCAGAUGAACCAGUGUGACACCCUGCAUGACCUCCACGACCUCCCUGACCUACACGACCCCCUGCACCUCUCCCCCAACAUGGACUACACCCUGACCCUGCGCCGCUCACCAGACGACAUCCCCCUGAUGACGCCAAACAACAUCACAAUGAUCCCCAACUCCCUGAUGGGCCUGCCCAACAUGCACCCCUACAGCACCUUCCCAGCCGGGUACAACUCCACCGUCCUGCCCCACUCCCACUCCACCACCCGGGUCUAGACCUAGCCUGGGACAGAAGAUAUACAGACCACAGUCGACAGUGAUUGUAGAGGUGAGCUGAGGGGCGAGCUGUGCUGUACAUUAAUUAAUACAAAGCAGUAGUUGGGUUGGGAUGCGUGGGUAAGAUAAGUUUGAGUUUAUGUUCAUACUGCAAGAGCCAUGCAAAGCUUUUCCUGGUCAAAGGGUGCAGAAUCGCCGCCAAUAUACUACUGCCUCCUCUCCUCAUAGAGGGAGGUCUAUAAGCAGUGUCAUUUUUUUAAUCAUCAAUUUCAAGACUUUUGUGAGCUGGUUAAAAUGAGAAGUGCUUUUUAUUUCCCAUUGUCUUUUGAUGGUAACAUUUUUGGGAACAUUCUCUUGUACGACCUCAGCAUAAUGUUUGUACAGUUGGAUUUGUACGGGAAGCUUUUUUCUUCCUAUGAUAUCUGUUUUGAUCUUCAACAAUUCUGUGUGGAACAAGUGUCAUCUGGACUCAUCACUGACUGAAAUAACAUUUGUAAAAAGCAGAAAAUCAGUGUUAUUAAGCAAUUUUAUACAUAUUCCWCAUGUUAAACUCAACUUAAAAGGGUCUUUUUUACUGACUAAAGAAUUGCAGAAAUACUAUGUUACUGUGAUCAUUUGAACCUUUACUACAACAUUGAUUACAAUUUGUAGUAAAAGUAUCACAUUUAUCCAAUAAUAUUUCUAUUUGAAUAUGAACAAUAUAUCACCCCUAUAUACAGUAUGUGCGUGCGUGUGCCCGAGUGUGUUUACACUCUGAAGUGUAAUGUAAAGGUGUAAAUUGUUAAGAAAUUUGUUUGACAUUUUGUUUGAAGUAUUGGCUUUCAUCAUAUUUAGUGUUGUACUCCGAUCUAUGCUUGUCUGUCUAAGUACCUUUGUUCAUUUUCAGUUAACUGUGUCUAAUUUUGCUGAACACGUUGUGGGAAUACAACUUCUGCUUUGUUAUAAAAAGAUAAUAGCUUAAGAUGGCACAUACUCUAACCAACUGAUAUGAUUCCAUUGGCUUGGCUUGUUUGUACACAAUAAACUUAGACCAGCACUUUUUUAAAUUGUUUGUUUGUUUAUAUGAAUUAUAUAGGUAUUGACAUUGUUUGUAUAAACUAUUGCAGACUAAGCAAGCUGAAUUUCCCCCAUGCGCUUCAUCUAAUUACACAAAACACAGAUUUUGGAGCAUAAAAUGUCUUCAAGCAUUACUAUAAGAGGCUCUUUUGAAUGUAAUGGGCACACUUCAGUGUUAUUCUGGGAGAAUACACAUCCCUCUGAGAAUUAUUAGCACCUGGCUUUCCUUGAUACAAUCAUAGAUCAAUAUCAAUGGGCUUAUUUUUAAAGAUUUGUUUGGAACGGAGUGGUCGUCUUGUCAAAAUACAUCAACAUAUUUAUAAUGAGUCAGAUGUGGCUAGAUGGCCAAUCUUAUUAAAUUGUAUUACAUACAGUAUCAACAGGAUUUUUCAACCGCAAACAAAGAAAAACAUUCAUCUUAGAUUUUGGGCAUCGGCAGGGCAAUACUCCAUUUUGACUGGGCCCAGUGGAGAUCAGAUGUUAUUAUGCUACAUUUGUAACUGUGUGAUGGUCAUGGGCUGUAAAGGAGGAAAGCCAAGGAAGAUAAGAGGGUACAGGCACACUCCAAAAAGACAGUGUGUUGUUUGCUCCUGCUGCACACUGGGAACAUUGUAAGGAGUGUGCUUUGACAUCAACUGGGUCAGUGAUGAAGGGAGAGCAGCAGCUGGACCCAGCCCUCAAUGUCCCCUUGUUAGUCUUCUUCCUCAAUGUCAGUCCAGUGGCAUUUCCAUGGCCUGCUUUUUGUUUUGCUCCUUUGUCUGUAUAUUCUUCAUAUCUCUAUGUUUUCUGAAGAGUCAAACACACCCACCAGCCAGCAUCUGCUUUAACUGACGCCUGCUUUAACUGACCAUAUGGCGUCCUUUACGUGCCUCAGACAGGCAGCACAGAUACUAUGCAGACCAUGAAUAGCCUGGCCAAUGAGAAAGAAUGAACUGGCCAUGCAGCGGCCCACAAACUGAAUACGUUUCCAACAGGCAYCCAGCACACAUGAUGAUCACGCUUACAGUGGGGUCUGAAAUUAUUGACACCCCUGAUAAAGAUGAGCAAUAAUGACUGUAUAAAAUAAUUCAAAUACUGAGCUAUAUUGUAAGCUCAAAAACAUUGGGAAAUUAUAUAUUAUACUAAUACAAUUGCUCAGAGAGUC